AUGAGCCGCAAACGCGAGUGGAUCGAGCGUCGCCAUUCCAUCACGGAAGAAAGUGAUAGCUCCAUGUCGCCCGAUCCAGACGAGACGAACCGGUCGGAAGGUGGCGAAGUCAUUGAGAGCGAAAUGAAGCGGCUGCGCGUGGCCUACAAUUACGACGGUGCCCACGGGGUCCGGCGGGCGGGCGAAGCCGUAACUCUGGCGCCCGACGUGGAGAUUCCUCGUGCAAGAGCUGUGCGCAGUGACUAUGCUGACAUCAACUUUCUGCUGCGGGAGUUCCACUACUUGCGGCAGCUGCGGAAGUUUCAGGCCGAGCGAAGACGAGUUUGA